AUGGCCCCAUCAAAGCUAUUUUCAGUAAUGUUCAUGUUAACCUUUGUGACAACCAUGAUUUUGAUGAAUGUGAUGAUUGUAAGAGGAGAUAAAACGUGGUGUGUUGCUAAGAGUGAAGCUACUACAAAACAACUUAUUGAUGCUUUAAAUUAUGCUUGUGGACCUGUAGCUGGAGCUGAUUAUGAGCCUAUUCAACUUACUGGAAGCUGUUAUAAUCCAAACACACUCCAAAGUCAUGCUUCAUAUGCUUUCAAUAGCUAUUAUCAGAUCAAGAAGCAAGCUAAUGGUACUUGUGAUUUUGCUGGUAGUGCAAAUGUUGUCUCCAUUGAUCCAAGGAACAAAUAA